AUGACCACUCCAUUAAAAUUCAAAGAAUUUAUUAAAGAGAAGCUUCUUGUAAAUUCAGGAAUAUUGAAAAAAAACAUCAUUAGUAUUGCAACUGCAGCACGUUGGCUUAAUGUGCUUGGAUAUUUUUUUCAAUCACAAAAGCAAG